AUGCAUCAGUAUGAUGAUUUCGGCGAUGAUGACUUGAUGACAGAUGAUGAAGAUGAAUUGCCCUCUGGUCCAACAAAAAGCCAUCCUUCUAUAGCCCCUCCGUCCUCGGCGCCUCUUCAUCUGAAUACUGAUUCAUCAUCAAACGGCAGCUUUGUUCCGAGUUAUCCUAGCAUUUUCUAUGAUGUCGACUUUCGGGCUACGUUUAAUCUCCCGCCAUCGGCUCCAAAAAGCUUCAAAAGCAACGAGAAGAAAGCUAACAAUUCUAAUCCCAGCGCCGGAACGGGAAAAAGUAAUGCAAAGAAAAAUGAAAACUUCUAUGAUCUCAUUGAUCUUAUAAGCGAAGAUGAAAGCGAUGAUGAUGAUAACGAAGUUCGAUUUAUUAGCGAAUCUAAAAAUGGAAAAAGCAAUUACGAAAACGAUGUUCAGUUUAUCGGCCAAUCUAAAAGUAGUAAAGAAAAUGAUGCUCAACUCAUCAACAAGGUUAAAAAUGCUAAGCCUAUUGAGACUUCCCGACCAACUGCCACUUCCUCAAAGGAGAAUGUUCUGAAAGUAGUGAAAACAUCAGCUUCUACCACUCGCAGAUUCAACCAGCAGUUCAGCGAGACGCAAUAUGAAAUCAGUUCUAUUCUGGAGAAAAAACGCGCACUUCGCGAGAAAAACAGCACCAAUAGCGUUGGAUCUUCCAAAGAUAGUAGUGACUUUACAGUCGAUUCUAAUUUGAAGUCUUCUACAUUUCGAUCGGCUACACCAGAACGCCGUGCAUUCGGUCGUGCUUUCAGUCCGACAUAUUACACGCCCUCAAGAGAAGAACGAUUCAAAGAUGAUUAUAAUGAUUCGGUUAGCUAUGAAAUUGGAAAGUUCCUGAAGCUACUUCUAUCCGUCGAUAUCUGUGCACUUCAAAUGGAUUAUUUUGAAGAUUUGAUUACUAAUCACCUACGAAAUCAGUUGAAGCUCCCUCUUCCAGACAUGAGCAGUGAUCAACUGCCAUUGACGUACAAUUCCGUGGAAGAGUAUAAGAAUACGUACAUUCCUUUCAUUCUCUAUGAUUGCUGGGCACAGCUGGUUGAAGACUUCUAUUCAAAUGGGUUCUCCAGACAGCUUCCAGUGUUUCUUCAUUCGGUGGACACCGCAUCAGACCCUCAAAUUUACACACUGUCACUGCGAUGCGUAAUUCCAUCUAACAAAGUCCAUUUCGAUGAGUACUCGAUUGAGAAUUGGCUUACUAUCGUUCAGCUAGAUCUAAACAAGAAAAGCCUUACUGAUGAAUGCAAUUGGGAGCCUAGUGAAAAGCAAAAGAAACUGAAAGCAGUGGGCUUUGUUUACUCCUACAAUAAGCUCAAUGGCUCUCAACGAAACGUUCAGGUUAUGCCUAAGCACCUUCCCGUAGUGAGUAGCCCUGAUAACAAUGGAGACAGUUUCGUGGCUUACACUGAAUGCGAAUAUCUCGUCAAAUUGUACGCAAACGAUGCUGCCCGCGAAUUGAUCAAAAGUCAGAAGGGCUUGACUAUUCGACCUAUUUACUACAUCCGGCCCACUCUUCGCUACAUUGAGACAAUUUCGCUCAUGAAAUUCCGAGAUGAUUUCAAAGAGACCUUCCUCAAACCGGACACCGAAGUUAGCUUGCUUAAUUUCAACAAACCUGACGACUUCUACUUUUAUGAGGAAGAUCAUUUCAAUGAACACCAAAAGAAGGCAAUUCUGGCCUGCUACAAUGCGAUUAAUCUGCCUUACUCUAGUAGCCGAAUCGUUCCCAUCCAAGGUCCCCCAGGCACCGGCAAGACGCACACUUUGGUGGGAAUCGUCAAAAACAUGUUCAUCAACUGCAAGUUUGGCAGAACGAAGCCGUUGCGCAUUCUCAUUUGUGCCCCCUCUAAUGGAGCUAUUGACGAGAUUGCAUUGCGACUAAUUCGAGACCGCGAUUUCCUUAAGGAAUUUAAAGACGCUAGUCUCUCUAUUAUUCGCAUUGGUCAGCGAUCCCAAGUGCAUCCAGAUGUGAAAAGCUUCCUCCUCGAAAAUAUGGUCGAAGUUAACUACAAGUUCUGCUCUCGCAGUAGACCAAAAGCUGACCUUCGGGAAGACCUACUAAAAGGUGCUCAUGUGAUUUUGAGCACCCUAAGCAGUGUUCAGCUAUCCUGCAUGUCCAUCUUCCGCAAAGAGUUUGCCACGACAAAGACUGCGAUUCGCUGUGUGAUUGUGGAUGAAGCGUCGCAGUCAACUGAGCCCGAGCUUCUAAUGCCGCUAAUUUAUCCCGUUUCAAAGCUGAUUCUAAUUGGUGACCACCUUCAACUUCCAGCGACAGUCAUCUCUCGUCAUGCACUUCGCAAGGGCUACGGACGAUCAAUGUUUGAGCGGCUGUUUCUCAAUUACGAAGAGAUGAGUUCGCGCAUUGCCGGCUUCACCAAUCCAAUGAUAACUCUGCGACGUCAGUUCCGAAUGAACCAUGCCAUCUGCAACUUUCCCUCGGCGCACUUCUACCGUAGCUUGCUCGAGACACCACUUGGCACUGGCAAAAACCCCAAAAUCCCCAUAAGGCCUUACUUUGUCUUUGAUGUGGCGAAUGCCAAUGAGCGAAGCACUACCAACAUGGUCAAUUCCAGCAAGUUCAAUGUUGAAGAGGCGGAAUUUAUUUUCCGGUUAAUCAUGGUCAUCUUUGCCAAGCUGGGCUACACUGUCACGCCUGAUCGGAUCAUUAAUCUUCCCGAAAAGCUGGACAUUAGCAUUGGCAUCAUUACGUUCUAUCGCGGUCAGAAGCAGGAGCUGAUAAAGCGACUGCAAGCGUUUGACAAUGGUGUCCUGCUGAACGGUUACAUUGACAUCAACACGGUGGACGCCUUUCAAGGACAGGAGCGCGAUAUCGUAAUUCUCUCCUGCGUACGAGCCUUUGAGACGAGCAGUGACAUCAACUCGGUGGGCUUUGUUCGAUCUCAGCAACGCAUGAACGUGGCACUGACUCGCGCCAAAUCGGCUCUCUACGUGAUGAUCCACGCCAAGUCCUUCAUUAAUGUUCCUCGCUGGCAGCAGCUGCUCACCGAUGCCCAGGCCCGUAACUGCUUUGUGCGACUCACCUCACAGGUGACCAACGAAAUGCUGAUGAAGAAGAUUUCACCAAAAAAUGAACUACCCCCUUAUUAA